CGAGGAGAGGAGAGGAGAGGAUGAGAGACACAGAGGAGAGAGGAAUAUACAAUGGACAGACGAUUUUUUCUUCUCGACUACCGCUGUACUUUAUGAUCUCUGGGAGAACCCUCAUGCACUCCACAUUACAGUGGGGCAGCCUUAAGUCCCCGCGGAUUUAUCGGGGACGCCCCUCGCAGUCCAGGUGUUCCCGGCACGUCCAGCUGAGAGGAGGCCACGGGGCAGACGGAGGACCAGGUGGACAGAUUAUAUCUCCACACUGGCCUGGGACCGCUUAGGGAUCCCCCAGUCAGAGUUGGCAGAUGUGGCCAUAGAAAAGGAAGUUUGGGGUCCUCUGCUGGACCAGCUACCCCCGCGACCCGAUCCCGGAUAAACGGAUGAAGAUGAGAUGAGCCCCUCGCAUUCCGUGGAGAUUGGGAUUGACCAUUGGAUGACUUUGCUGUGUUGGGUGCUGAUUACAGAAGAUCGUUCAAUUAGACUUUAUAGUCCCUGUAGUCCGUUUGUUAGAAGACCAGACCGACAGGAGAACUCUACCGUUAGGAAAGAGGACUGCAAUAAACGACGUGCUUUUAUUUUGAAAAAAACUUAUUUCGAAAGUGAAAUUUAAGUUAAUUCCUGAUCCCCAGUGUCGCAGCGAAACAUUUCCAGAUGGUGUCCUCCUGUUGGAUUUUACUCUCAGUGAGAUGACGUCUUCAGUCCAUGAAAACUGUGAUCCAGCAGUAGAAAAUGAUGUUUGGAAGAAAACCUUUGACAGCUGCACCAUUGCUGAUUCUUGUGAUGAAUAUCUUCAGAGGACAUGCACUACAAUGUCAUCCAUCAGAGUAUCAGAGAGGGAAUGAAUGCUGUCCUAAGUGUCUUCCUGGAAGUCGAGUUAAAACAGAUUGCACAGAGUUCAGGAGUACUUCCUGUCUGUCCUGCACUGAGGGAACCUUCAUAAAUCAGCCUACAGUACGGACACAAUGUUACUCCUGUACAGUCUGUAUUGCAGGUUCUGGUUUGAAGAUAAAGACGUCAUGUACAACAACAUCAGAUACAGUUUGUGAACCACUGGAGGGAUUCUACUGUUUGGACUCUACAGAGGACGGCUGUAUGUCAGCACAGAGACACACACUCUGUCAACCAGGACAAUACAUCAGUCAGAAAGGAACAGCAUUAACAGACACUGAGUGCUCUGACUGCAGUGCUGGAACAUAUUCAGAUGGAACAUUUCCAUCCUGUCAGCCACACACACAAUGUGAAUCAAUGAAUCUUCUGAUAAAAGCAGGAACUGUUUCAACUGAUGCUCAAUGUGGAGAACAAAGUUCACAACCAACAGGGAUUGUGAUCGGUGUUGUUGGAAGCUGUCCAGAAACCCAAGUAAAGGUCAAAGAAGGAAGUACGAGCAGUAACGUUGUCUGUGGAAGUUCUUCAAGGAAUUAUUAUGCAUAUAUACCUCUAUUAUUAUCGUUAUUAACAGUUGCUGGACUUGUGACCACAGGCAGGCUAACAAUGAAAAAGGACUCUGUCUCCAGUUCUGGAGGUAGAUGACUCAGUUUGUGUUGUGAAAAAUAUUAGAAUUCCUCAGUGGCAACAUGAGCUCAGUGCUACCGGGCAUCUGCAACAAUAAUGGUCACUCUUUUGUAUUUUUAGAUUGAAAACUGAAGAGUGGAAAAUAUUCUCAAUUCCAUCUGAUAGAGUAAUGUUUGAUUAAAAACUACAAUAAGCAGUUACUGAAAUUAUUGAGACUUUUUAAAAAUGAAAGUACUAUUUGUGAGCUAUUUAUAAAGAUUUGUGUCUUCAGUAGGAACCAAUGGGCCUGGGGCUGAGAGCCACAGACAGUAUUUAGAGAUGGACUAAUGUCUAGUUUUGUUUUUCCAUGGGACUUUUUUCCAUGCUGCUUUUAUGUUUUUAUGUAAAGUGUCUUUGAGUAUUUAGAAAAGCGCUUAUAAAUAAAAUGUAUUAUUAUUAUUAUUAAAAAUAACAUCAAUGUUGAUGAAUUAUUUUAAUCCUAAUGGAUCCUAUUUUACCUAUACUUUUGUACUAUUUCUUUAGCAACAUUUUGAAUACAGGAUUUGUACUCGUACUACGUUAAAAUUGUUGUAUUGCUUUUAUACAGGAAGAUCACUGAUAUUAACCACUGAUAUGAUAUGCUAUGCUUUUUUCACUGUAGUAAUGUAAUGUGCCUUCAGUGUUUUCUUGUGUAGGAGAGGGGAGGACCUUAUUUUUGUAAUAUUUUUUUUUUCGAACCUAUUCUUUUUUAUUAUACUUUGCUUUGUAUUGUGCUUUUAUACUUUCUAAUGUAUUUGCUGUACAAAUAAAGUCCCCUUGCUUUGACUAA